UUGAACUCGUCGUGCCAAGAUUUACUUUUAAACAGUUCCAAGAGAACUUUCGUAUGUCUGCGCCAGCAUUUGAAAGAUUGUUAACUGUCAUUGCUCCUCUUUUGGAAAAUCGCACAGGAACUGGCAAACCGACAACAAAAAUCGAAAAACAGCUAUUAGCUGUUGUGUGGUUGCUCGCAACGCCCGAUUGUUUUAGAUCUAUCGGAAUGAAGUUCGAUAUGUCAAAAUCAACCCUUCAUUCCUGCUUUCGAAGAGUAAUAGUUGCUCUUGUUUCUAUAUCUCAUAGACUCAUUACUUGGCCUACAGGCGAAAAGUUAGAAAGGACUGUUCAGAAGUUUACCGAUAUUGCUGGUAUGGCGGGAGUGAUUGGUGCAAUAGACGGUUGUUACGUUCCCAUUGAUGCACCUCAAGUUGAUCCACAAUAUUAUCGAACCAGAAAAUGUGAGUACGCAAUAACCCUUCAAGCGGUAUGUGAUCCUGAGUUGCGAUUCACCGACGUAUUUGCUGGCUAUCCUGGGUCUGUGGGAGAUCUCCGAGUAUUUCGGAAUUCUUCAUUAUACAGAGACACUGAGGCAAACGUCCAAAAUUUUUUCCCCAAUGAUACAAAUCUCGUUUAAUACCAUUCUAAGUAAAACGAGACAAACAAUUGAAAGAACUUUUGGAUUACUGAAAGGACGCUUUCGACGCUUAAGA